CCGAGUUAAUGAAAAAGAACAAGUAAUUAAGCGAACUAACCAAGAACUAAGCGAAUUAAAGGCUAAAUAUAGCAAAAAAGUCCAACAAUUAGAUGCCGAGCAAGUGGAGAAUAAUAAGUUAAGUGAGCGAAUUGAAAAGUUAGAAAAAGAGAUUGAACAGUUAAGGAGGGAUAAUGAAAAAGUAAAACAACUCUCUUUACGUAAUAGAGAAGAACGAUAUAGAACUAAUCAAUUCCGCGAAUAUUCUCAACCCCGUGACCAAACAUUUGGUAGUCUUGAUUUAGAAGGCGAAUUAGAUUUCAAUGGUUUUACAGGCUUAAAUGUUUUAGUGAUUGAAGGACAGAAUAAUUUAACCAAACUUAAAG